GAAAGCUUUGGGUUUGAAAAUAGAAACAACGAGUUUUCAACGAGUGGAGUGCACGCAUCUAAAUAAAAAAACCACCACGUUUGACAACAAAUCAUACAUACGCAAAUAAAUACAAAAACAUUAUAAUAUAGUAUUCAAUUUCAAAGAACCGAGAACCUAUUACUAAUUACUUUUCUGUUUAUCACUUCAAUCAAUCUCAAAAUCAAGCAAAGAAAAUUAAUUCAACAAGGUUUGUAAUAUGGGAAAUACAGAAUCAAUGUCUGAACCUCAACAUGAAUUUUACUAUCAACACCCUCCUGCUAAUUAUGAUGGAAGUUCUGUGAGUAAUAGCGUUCAUCAACCUUCUUCUUAUGCUGGAAGUUUGGAUAAUGAUCAACCCUCUUCUUAUACUGGAAGUUCAGGGAAUACUAUUACUAACCAUCAUCAACCGUCUUCAUAUGCUGCUGCUACGAGUUCGACGAAUACUUACGAUCGUCGGAACAAGCAACCCACAUAUAUAGCUGACAAUUUCAGCUCAUUGGAACAGGUUGUUUCUGCUCUGAGAGAAGCUGGUUUGGAAUCCUCGAAUUUAAUACUUGGUAUUGAUUUCACCAAAAGCAAUGAGUGGACAGGUAAGUAUGCGUUUCACCGGAAGAGCCUUCAUCAUAUCGGAAGCAGUCCUAAUCCAUAUGAGCAAGCAAUAUCGAUAAUUGGGCGUACACUGUCUACUUUUGAUGAAGAUAAUUUGAUACCGUGUUUUGGGUUUGGUGAUGCUUCUACGCACGAGAAGAAUGUGUUCAGUUUUUAUCCGGGGAAUAGAGUCUGUCAUGGUUUUGAGGAAGUACUUGCGCGCUAUAGACAGAUUGCUCCACUCUUGAAAUUGUCAGGGCCAACAUCAUUUGCCCCUGUAAUUGAUGCAGCAAUUGACAUUGUGGAAAGUAACAACGGUCAAUAUCAUGUUCUUGUCAUUAUUGCUGAUGGGCAGGUUUCUAGAAAUCCUGGUACACCGCAUGGAAAGUUUAGUCCGCAAGAACAAGCAACGAUUAGUUCCAUAAUUGCUGCAAGUCAUUAUCCUCUCUCCAUUAUUUUGGUUGGAGUUGGAGAUGGUCCAUGGGACGAGAUGAAGCACUUUGAUGAUAACAUUACUGGACGCUUAUUUGACAACUUUCAGUUUGUAAACUUCACAAAGAUCAUGUCUGAGAACACAGAAGCAUCCAAGAAGGAAACAGCAUUUGCACUUGCUGCCCUAAUGGAGAUUCCAUUUCAGUACCGGGCAGCUCAAAGUAUACAACUUUCCAACGAACAUGUUCGUCAUCAGCAUAAAAGACCCCUCCCUCCACCAAAGGAAGUAAUAGAUCACGAUAAUGCAUUCAUAGCGACUCCACGCGUGACAAAUUUCGAUCUGGUUGAACCAGCAGCUCCAGCCAGUGCAGAACCGGUAUGCCCCAUUUGCUUAACCAAUCCGAAGGACAUGGCUUUUGGAUGCGGUCAUACUACUUGCAAGGAGUGUGGAGCCACAUUAUCUUCAUGCCCUAUGUGCAGGCAACAAAUUACAACUCGUUUGAGAUUAUACACUUGAGUCAAAUUUCUUGCUAAUUUAUUCUAUAACAGUAUAUUACAUUGAUGGUUAUAGUAGUAAAUAGUACCAUUAUUUCUUUACAGUUCAGCCUAGCAAUGAGAUGUAUAGAAAUGUUGAGUGUAAAUGUAAUGCUUAAUGUGUAGAUU